AGCGUCGCUAAAAUAUAUCGCACCAGAAUAUAAAGGCGUAAAACAAAAGCAAGCGAUAAAAUACGAUUUCUGCUUACAUAAUGUCAUCAUCAGGUAACGGCUCUGAGGCAUCGCUGGAUCUCCUUAAAUGCUUGUCAUUGUCUGAAGUGAUUCAGAAGAAGAAAGCUCUAGAAAAUGGUAGGAAAAAUUUAGAUGAUCGUCAGGGCUUGUUGGAAAGGCAAAAGGAUGACAUGUUGAAUAUUAAUAAAGUGUUCAGAAACUGGUUGACGCAUUUGCAAAAGGUAACAGUUUUCGAGAAUUUUAAGGAAAGUUGGCAAACCAGAGUUUGCACGACUCCAGUGACCAGUGCCUCGGUCAAACGAGAGCAAGAGUCGUAUAUGUGAGAGUUGACUGUAUAUAUUACUACGCCGUAACAAAAACUCUUGUCAUCUUUCCACACAAUUUGAGCCAGCUGGUCCAGCUCAAAGUUAAUGAGAGUUGAGGAGAGUUAUAUUAUACAAUACUGAUUCAGCUCACUCCCUGUCGCUGGGACUUUUCAGUGAUCAGUGUUCAGCUGUAACACCACUGUCGGUUGAUAACUUGUUCUCAGGGUGCAGCACAACUUAUGAAACUUAACUUUGUUAAAGCUUGUGAUCGAAACUGGCUGUCAGUUUUGACGCGUGUACUUAGCCUAUUUAUCUGUACAACAAUUGUGCUAUUACUUUCCCAACUAUGUUAUUCCUAACCCACCCUGUCAACUUUCUCUGUGGGAGGAAACCCAUGACAUUCGGCAGAACACCCAUGACAUUCGACAGAGCGUUGACGCACUCUUUUCACAUGAGUCCCUGGCGAGAAACGAACCCACGAACUGAGAAUUAGUGAAAGGCGCUUACUGACUGCGUCACCAAAGGGAGCGGUCGUAAAGUAAGUACUACCCCGGGGCGGAAAAUAUUGGGAUGGGGUAUGAAAUUUUUUCAGGGAUCUGGGUGGGGUGUGAAAUAAAUUUAUCACUUUAAAGAGGGCGUAUGAAACAAAAUUUGUUUGUUUCAAUACAAAAAUUGUGUUAUAAUACAGUUUAUUAUUACGGCUCCGUUUAUGGUCCAAAUAAUUCUUCAUACAUCACUGCCAUCGUUGUCUCAUAAAAGAUUUGACCAUUGCUCAGGUAGUCUCCCUUGCAGUUGCUCUUUGUGUUGUGAUCUUAUUCAUCUUCAUGAGCUCGUGGAGAGGAGUACAUGGUAACACACUAAGAUUCAAAGAACGGCUGUAAGAGAGACUAUUGCACAGCAUAUUUAAUCCACAGUGUAAUCAUUUUUUUAAACUUGUCGUUUAUGAUGGGGUAUGAAACAUUGAGACCGUUAUCUUGAUGGGGUACCAAGUUUUGGGGAGUAUGAAAUUUUGUCCACAAAAUUAAAAAUAUCCUCCGCCUCGGAGUAGCACUUACUUUAUGACCGUAAGUCCCUUUUACACUCGACAAUUUCCAUGCAUGUAAAAAAACCCUGCGAAUUCUCACAGGCGACUGAAGCAAUAGCGCUGAAACGAGAGCGCGAGUGUUGUAACUCUCCUCAAAUCUCUUUGAAUCUCAUCCUUCCCGCUUCAAAUGGAAGGGACUGGACGAUUUUGGAUCCGUACACAAAUUCAUGAACCUGAUCCACGAUUAAUAAUAAUGUUAAAUUUUCCUACAGAAAGUGGAGCGCAACAACCAACAACUGCCAUACUUAUGGUGCAUCAAAGACAUUUGCAAGACAAUUCUCACGACGCUGGGCAACAGGGAGGGAGAUUUUUACACUCAGGUUAAACACGUGUAUGCAGAACAUGUCCCCGGAGUCUCGCUGAUGUGUGAGCGGCUGGAAGAGCUGAGGAGACUGGUGACUAAGAUAGAUCACGAUGAAGUCACGUACAAGCCAGGGUUUGUGGAGGAUAUACAUCACGUUUUGGGGACACUGUUAGGAUUAACAGGGACAAUAUUGGAUGUAUAUUUUUGAAGAUGUUAAAUAAAAUUUUGUGAACUAUUAGAAAUAUACUUGCAUGACUAUUGAAUUAACAUAAAUGGCGCAUGCCACUACAAGAGGCACUAAACUAAACUAUAAUGUAAUAUAUAUUUAGAAUAGAUCACUCUAGCUGUUCCAAACUGUUCUUCCCAGUGGUCAAGUAAGGGUAAUUCAUUUUUGGUCUUGCAGUAUAGUCCACGGGAAACCAGAUCCAGUAUUUUUAAAAUGUCUGCAGCGAUUGAUUUCCUGAAGGCGGAAACUGACAGAUUCUUGUUAUAAAAAUUAAAGUCCAGCAUUAUAUUUCAAAUAAGGACAUGAAAGUAUAACGUAACACGCGC